AUGCAGGGCGAGGGCGACUCCUCCCCUGCCCCUCCACAACAGGACCCCCUGGCCCGAGACAGCUGGGAUGGUGCGGAGAGGACCCCUUGGCUUGUCCGCCCCACUGAUCGUUACCCUGUGCUCCUCAUCCACGUGGGCACGGGUGACGCGGCCAGGAGCAAUCCAGACCGGGUCUACACCUUAGAGGCCAACAUUGGCUCCAAAGUCAUCACGGGCGACUUCAGUGACCCAGACAUCGCUUGGGAGGAACACUUGGCCAGGUCGGAUCGGUCACGUAGCUUCUUGACCUGUAUCGAAGAGCUCUCCCUGACCCCCCAAGUGCAAGGGCCAACCAGGGGCAGCGCUCUCCUGGACUUGGUCUUGGCCAAAGGAGACGAUCCGGUGAGCAACCCGAAUAUCGAGGGUAGCCUGGGCGACAGCGACCACGAGAUCAUCAAGUUCACUGUCUGUCGCAAGGCAGCUGUCGACUUGCUGGAGGCACUGACUGCGUCGCGUGCCAUCCCUGGUGUCUCGCCGGCCCCAGGCCCCACGCCGGGCACCCCAGCCUGGCGCUUCGGGCGCCGCACACCGCACUUGACACUGCCACGGGCCUACGCCGUGUUCGUGCUGGCCAGCGCCCCCCGUGCCCUGGGCUUCCACGCCGUGGCCCGCCAGAGCCCACGCUCCCAGGGCACACUGCUGGCACUGCUCUCGCCCACGGCCCGCAGCCCACUGCUGCACCUGGCUUCUAGUGCACGGGGCGAUGAGCUGCGUUUUGACUACCGCGCUGCACCCAGUGGCCACCCCGCCUCCCUGGUCUUCCCUGGUGGCAGCCCCUUCGCCGGUGGCCGCUGGGUCCGGCUGGCACUCAGCCUGGCACCACACCGCCUGGCGCUCUACGUGGACUGCCGGCCCGCCGUGGUGCUGGGCCAGGAUGGGCACCGGCCCCGGCUCAGCUUCCACCUGCCCCUCGACCUGCAGAUCGCCUUUGCCAGCUUACCCGGGGACGCCGACUCUAAGUUCCUGGUGAGCCCCAUGCCUGCCCUCUGCCUCGGUGCCAGCUGCAUUGCCAGGGCCCAUCCCUGA